AUGGGUGAAAGAGGUGUAUCAUGCACUCGAAGAGGAAUUCUCUCAUUGUCAAGCUCAGCUUAUGAUCCGUUCGGUCUGACUGCACCUUAUGUUCUCAUUCCGAAGUGUAUCCUACAGGAACUCUGCAAAAAUGGAGCAAGCUGGGAUGAAGAAAUCAGUGGAAAACUACUUGACCGAUGGAAUGAAUGGAUAUCGCAAUUGUAUCUUCUUGACAGCUUGAAGAUGGACAGAUGCUACAAGGUAAAGUGGUUAAAAGCAGUAUCGUCAUGUGAGCUACACCACUUUGCAGACGCCAGCGAAACUGGUUAUGGCAUGGUUACUUACAUGCGACUGAUUGAUGAGGAUGGAAACAUUCAGUGUUCUUUCGUCAUUGGCAAGGCACGUGUAGCUCCCCUGAAAAGAAUCACUAUACCUCGAAUGGAGUUGACGGCUGCAACUGCUCUCGUUAGAAUGAAUGCCAUGUUGGUCCGUGAACUAGACUACACUGUAGGUAACAGCUACUAUUGGACAGACAGUAUGUCUGUAUUGAGGUACAUUGCAAACCAAACCAGCCGCUUCCAUACCUUCGUAGCCAACAGACUGUCUGUGAUCCAUGAAUCAUCGAAGAUUGAGCAGUGGAGAUACAUCAACACUCAACUGAAUCCAGCAGACUACGCUUCCAGAGGAAUGAGUAUGAAGAAAUUACUGGAGACACCUCAGUGGAUUAAUGGUCCAGAUUUCCUAUCGAAGACGGUAGAUAAGUGGCCUUGUAAUGCUGACUUUCUUAGUGCGGACUUGAAUGGAGACCCUGAGGUAAAACGUGUGAAUGUUGCUGUAUGCGAAGCCGAUACUUCCACUGCCAUGGAUAGACUGAUUGAUCACUUUUCUGACUGGACCAAACUGAGAAAAGCAGCGGCAUGGUUGAUGUUAGCUGUAACGACAUUCCAGGAGUAUGUAAAGAAGAGACAUUGUGAAAACACAAAACAAGAAGAAAUUAAAACAGAAGUACGUACACGUGGAAGAAAAAGGAAAAAAAUGGACAGAACUUCUCAGGCUGAACAACAGUAUCCAAGUCUCUCUGUGAAAGGUGUUAAUGAUGCUGAGAUGGCACUUAUUAGAUAUGUUCAGAAAAAGCAUUUGCACCUGAAAUUGAAAGUUUGA